AUGGGCGAGCACUUUGAGUUGCGCCAUGUGCCCACGCUCUUUACGGCCACGGUGAUGACAUUUGGUGGCAUGUGGUCCUACUUCGACCCGCGGGCCGCCAUGCUCGAGUUUGGCCUCCCGGAUCGCAUCGCCGCCACGCCAGCCGCGGGCGCCGUCAUGCACAUCAACAACGCCCGCACAACCGUUCUCGGCAUGUGCCUGUACACCCUCUACUUUCGCCGCCAGCUGGCCGCCUGCGACAUCAUUCUCGCCAUUUUGGGCGCCUACGCUGGGCUGGUUGAUAGCUACGUCGUAUGGAGGGAGGGGAAUCCUCGCAAGGCGGCCUUUCGCCUGGCAAGCUCAUGGCUACUUUCCGCGGUGGGACUUGCUGGAUGGACAGCAGGUCGUUGA